AUGUUCAACUGCCAGCGCAACGGGCGUGUCAACAUGCGGUACCUGCAGUACGAGUGGCGCAACCCUGGCUGCCGCAUUGAGAGGUUCGAUGCAUCUGCCUUCCUGGAGCGCAUGCGCAACAAGGUGUUUCUGGUCGUGGGGGAUUCUGUCUCCAUGAAUUUCUUCGGAGCCCUACAGUGCCUCCUUGAGACAGCCACUCCGACCAAGAGCAGGGAUGGCCCGCUGUUCCCAGGAGGGCCAAGAACUCGCGCCUUGAUUGCACCGCAAUUCAAUGCCACCUUCCUAAGCCACGCCUCCUCCUUCCUCGUCCAAUCUAUUCCCAGUGGCGAUAGGACCACGGCGAGCACAUGGACGGUGCAUCUGGACCAGGUGCAUCCUAGUUGGUCGCCUGUGCUUCCAUACUCCGACUAUGUGGUCUUUGGGACCGGAGCUUGGUACACCAUUGCCAACCUCAAGAAGCGGCACUACAUGGUGGGCAAUAAGGAGCAGCCAAGCGAGAACCGCACGGCCACCAUGCAAGCCGCCCUGCAUACAGUCGCACGCUUCACGCGCAGCAUCAACUACACGGGGGUGCCCAUGCUGCUCACCUACUCGCCUGUGCACGAGAAAGUGAGACUCAACAGCACGGCUCGCGAGCUCGGCUGUAGCUCCUACAUGCGCCCCGUGGGGGUGGAGGCUCUGGAAGGGGCGCAGUGGGCUGCAGAUGCGAUGGACGCUCGAUAUGCGCAGAUUGAGGUGAGUUUAGAGUGGUGCUGA